GCGAUGCCUUGGCAAUUAUUACAGCCGUGGGACCCGUCAUCUCGUGCGUGCUCGGUAUCGCCACGUCAUUCAGGCACUAUUUGACGUGUCAAACUGCCACGUGCAACGCUCAAGACCUGGUGGUUUGACUGUGCAUCUUCUGAACGAAAUUCACGUUUCUGGUCAGGUCUCCCAGACGCGCCUGUCAUUCAAGGCCCCACAGCACCGCUUUCAGCCGCCGCAUAUCCAGCA